AUGUACAACUUUACGUGCUUGAAAGUAGAAAAAUUGCCGAAUUGCGAAUUCGUCUUUCACGUGCAAUUAAACCGACCCACGAAACUCAACGCGAUGAACAUGGUCUUCUGGGAUGAGAUCGGGAAAUGUUUCGAGCAAUUGAGCAAAGAUCCGGAUUGUCGAACGAUCGUGCUCAGCGGUGCGGGGAAAGCGUUUUCGGUGGGACUCGACUUGAAAGAAAACGAUGUUGUCAACGGUUUAAAUGACGCCGGAGCAGAUGAUUUCGCGAGAAAAGCCUUCUUGUUGGGGCGAAAGAUUCGCCAAAUGCAACAAUGUUUCACAAACAUCAACGAGUGUCCUAAGCCGGUGAUCGUUGUCAUGCAUGGGUAUUGUCUCGGUGGUGGGGUUGAUUUGAUCACCGCUUGCGAUAUCCGAAUCGCCACCAAGGAGACGCAAUUCAGUAUUAAAGAAGUCGAUGUUGGAAUUGUUGCCGAUGUGGGCACUCUCAACCGAAUCAACAAAGUUUGCGGCAAUGAUAGUUGGAUUCGUGAGGUCGCGUUGACUGGGCGAAACUUUGGGGCCGAAGAGGCUUACCAUAAUCAUCUAAUCAGCCGUGUUUGCUCUACAAAAGAAGAAGCUCUUAACGAGGCGUUAAAAAUGGCCGAAUCGAUCGCAUUGAAGAGUCCGAUCGCCGUUCAAGGAACGAAAAUAAACCUCAACUACAGUCGAGAUCAUUCAAUUCAGGACUCGCUGAAUUUUGUUGCAACCUGGAAUCAGUCUCAACUCUUCAGCGAAGACGUUCCAAAAAGUGCAAUGGCCACUCUAAUGAAAUCACCAUUCCCCGAAUUUUCUAAGUUG